AUGGGAGCAGAGCCGGGAAGGCCGGCGCUCGGCCCUCAGCCCGGCCCGCGCGUGGGCGGGAACCCAGGAGAGACGCUAGUACCCCGGAUCGGGCGGGCCUCCAGUGCGGGGGACGCAGGUUCCCAAAUCCGGCCCCAAAGCCUCCCCAGCCGGCCUCGAAAUAAUAUGGUGGAGAGACUUGGAGAAAGGAAUGAUCAAUGUGAAGAAGAUUUCAGUCCAAUUGCAAAUCUUAAUCUCUACAAGAAAAUUUUUAUUGGAGUAAAACAAUAUGAUUACAGUGCUUAUGGAAACAUCUUCAUGCACCCUUCAUCACUCAAGAGUUAUAUCACAGUUCACAGUGGACACAAACCAUAUCAGUGCCAGGAAUGUGGGCAGGUCUACAGUUGUCGUUCACACCUGAGAAUACAUAUGAGAACCCACAAUGGAGAGAGACCCUACGUGUGUAAAUUAUGUGGGAAAACUUUUCCUCGUACUUCUUCCCUCAAUCGGCAUAUGAGAAUUCACACUGCUGAGAAAACCUAUGAGUGUGAGCAAUGUGGGAAGGCCUUCAUUUAUUUUUCAAGUCUUACUAGUCAUGUGAGAAGUCACACUGGAGAGAAGCCAUAUAAAUGUAAAGAAUGUGGAAAAGCUUUCAGUUAUUCCUCAACUUUUCGAAGACACAUGAUAACACACACUGGAGAGAAGCCAUAUAAAUGUAAAGAAUGUGGGGAAGCCUUUAGUUAUUCCUCAACAUUUCGAAGACAUAUGAUAUCACACACUGGAGAGAAGCCACAUAAAUGUAAAGAAUGUGGAGAAGCCUUCAGUUAUUCCUCAGCUUUUCGAAGACAUAUGAUUACACACACUGGAGAAAAACCCUAUGAAUGUAAACAAUGUGGGAAAACCUUCAUUUAUCUCCAGUCCUAUCGAAGACAUGAAAGGAUUCACACCGGAGAGAAACCCUAUGAAUGCAAACAGUGUGGGAAAACCUUCAUUUACCUGCAAUCUUUUCGAAGACAUGAAAGGACUCAUGGUGGAGAGAAACCCUAUGAAUGUAACCAAUGUGGAAAAACAUUCAGUCAUCCCUCAUCCUUUCGAGGACAUAUGAGAGUACACACUGGAGAGAAACCCUAUGAAUGUAAGCAAUGUGGAAAAACUUUUAAUUGGCCCAUAUCCUUACGGAAGCAUAUGAGAACACACACUAGAGAGAAACCCUAUGAAUGUAAGCAGUGUGGGAAAGCCUUCAUCUUCAAAUGGCCAUCAUCUUUACCAAUACAUAUGCGACUGCACACUGGAGAGAAACCUUACAAAUGUAAGCACUGUGGGAAAGCAUUUAAUUGUUCCUCAUCCUUACGAAGACAUGUGAGAAUACAUACUACAGAAAAACAGUAUAAAUAUAACAUGGGACCUCCUCCUGCAAAUAAAUUCAUGUACAAUACUUCAGAGAACUCACACCAGGAGAAGGAACUUGUAAAAGUUGUAAAUAUGGUAUUGCCUUUAUGAGCACCUCAUGUUUAAAGUGGACACAUAAGGAGUAUAUUUAUGGUUCAUUUGCAGAUGAAUGGGAAAAAUAAU